UGGGGAACUCUCUCACUCACGGUCCAGUUCAUUCACCUCAGUUUCUCCCUCGAACGGCUCAGAAAAGUUUUGUUCCUUAGAAUGGACGCAUUGGCCGUUCCUGCAGACAGGCAUAAAGGAUGGUACCUUUCUCUGAUGGCCCCCAAUACAAAAGGACCAACAUUUGCCUGGCUGGAUCCGUCCAGGCUCUACUGCAACUACCAGGCUCUUACAGACUGUGUCAAAGACCUUGUCAGUCCAUUCCACAGCGACACCAUUGACCUGGUUGCCGGGAUAGAUGCAAUGGGAUUCAUUCUUGGGGCGUCUGUUGCCACCACUCUUGGAAAAGGUUUCCUGGCUAUCCGUAAAGCAGGACACCUGUGUGUUGCAACCCAAAACCAAAGCUACACAGAUUACACAGGCAGAGAAAAGACAAUGGAAGUAAGACUGGAUGUGCUAAAACCAGGUGUGAGGGUGUUGUUGGUGGACCAAUGGAUAGAGACUGGAGGAACAAUGAAGGCUGCCAUCCAGCUUGUCGAGAGGCUGGGAGCCACUGUUGUAGGUGUGGCAGCUGUGGCCAUCGAAAACACUGAAGGGGGAAAGUGGAUUAAAGAAAAUUACAAAUUUUCUCACUGCAUCCCCGAAGAGCUGCAGAGCCAAAUUGAUCGGAAAUAUAUGGAUUCAUUCAAAAGCUUCAGCAGCUGAGCAAAUUUGAUUUGUUUUCCCGGGCAACCAGAUCCAAGGCUGCAUUACCCUCCAGGCAGAGCAGGCAACUACACAGGAGCCCCACUGAAGUACAGCAUCAGCCCUGACUGGUCAUCCAUCCUCCGGCCUUGCUCUUGUAGUGAGACCCUGUUUCAAAUUCUAGUUUUAAAACAGUAAUUAUUUAACUUUAUAUUGAGCUCGUAUUAUUCCAUCAUAGGAGUAUCGUAAGGCUGCAACCCACAAUAUUGUCAUUAUCAACACAUCUGAGAAUUAUUUUCUCAGAUCUAGGCUAUUGACUACUAUUGUUGUUCAGUGUAUAUAAUGUCAGAAAGUAGUGUCUGUUAUUAUUCCCAGAAGUGCAAGUUAACCUUUUAAAUACACCAUCCCGCCCACUUUGCCCUUUGGUAUCACUUGAAAUGUGUUUUAGUCACACUCUGUUUUCACACAACCAUAACAUAUUUUACAUUGUUUGAAAGCUCUCCUCUUUCUUUCUAUGCAAAGCUCCAAAGUGUUUUCCACAUAAAGGGUACUAGUGCAGGCCUUAGAUUCCCUUUUCAAUGCAAAAAAUAAAAAUAAAAAUGG